GCCAGAGUGCCCAUCCCUUCAGACUCGUCCAGCGACGGCGUCAUCAGGGUCGACCCCCCCACGUGCGGGUCGCUAAGUCUGUGGUCCGCCCUCCUUUCCCCAUCGGGAGGAGGUUGCGGCAUCCGAAGCCGUUGUGCUACAGGAAACGACAUCAUCUUGCAACUGGGAAGUUGAGCUUAUUGUAUCUUUGUUCCAUGAGCCGUCUGCGUAGUUUGAAUGGCGGUCCAGGCCGGGGGAAAAGGGGGGCGGGGGAUUUGAGUCCCCCGGUAUAAGAAGCCCAAGGUCGCACUCUCCUCCCCAUCUACCAUCAUGACGGGAGACAAUUUGAAGUUUUGUUGGCCCAACUUUCGUCUUCAUCAAAGUCACUACGCCUAGUUCAGCCUAUACACAGAUAUAAUAACCCCGCCCGGGGGACUGAAUAAGAUGCACCGAUCAACACCGGCCCUCCUCCUUGCCGUGCUGGGCAUGGCGUCCGCCUCCCCCUUCGCGAUCGGGCCCCGGCAGGCCGACUUCUCGAGCAACCAGCAGGACGGCCUCUCGGGCCCUUGCCAGCCCACGAUUGUCAUCUUCGCCCGCGGAACCACCGAGCGCGGCAACGUCGGCACCAUCGCCGGCCCGCCCUUCUUCCAGGCCCUGUCGGCCCAAGUCGGCGGCGGCCUCGCCGUCCAGGGCGUCGAGUACCCCGCCAACGUCCAAGGCUUCCUCGCCGGCGGCGACGCCAAGGGCUCCCAGAUGAUGGCCACCCUCACCGAGAAGGCCAUCACCAAGUGCCCCAGCUCGUCCAUCAUCAUGUCCGGCUACUCCCAGGGCGGCCAGCUGGUGCACAACGCCGCGGCGAUGAUGUCCAAGACCAUGGUGGCCAGCGUCGCUGGUGCCGUCAUCUUUGGCGACCCACGUAAGCCUUUCUUCCCUCGCCCCGGAUGAGACUUGAAGUUGACCCUCUCCUCAGUCAAUGGCCAGCCCGUCCAGGGCGUCCCCACCCAAAGGACCAAGAUCAUCUGCCACAACGGCGACAACAUCUGCGAGGGCGGCAGCCAGAUCCGCCGCGCCCACUUGACGUACGGCGAAAACGCCGCCGAGGCCGCCCAG